CCCUAGUUUCAGUUUACAGGCAGCAUUACCUAAUUGGACUCGUACCGUUUUAAGUCAGCUCCGUAUACAUAGAGUCUGCUGUUACAUAUUCAGGUUUGUAGUUGGAGCUCUGGCAUGAUUUAUCAGUUAUGGUGUGUGAAUAUGUGGCAAAAAAACACCAAAUGCAUGUAUAGUUUAAAAGGAAGCGCCGCCUAAGACCAACUUAUGGGCGAAAUUGGCCCACAAGCGGACCAAACAAACUGAUUAUAAUGCAUUAACGCGAAGCUACAAGCGAGCUGGCUUACUUGACGUUUGCUAACUGUAUAAAACUGAGUGAUAGCGGCACCUCAUCCUGCAGACAGAAAUGAGCCAUACUACUCCAGAGGCCUCGGGUCUUGACCCUGCCAUGCUGAGAGACCAACUCUUCGAUCUGUGGAACUGGAAAGAUCUGCAGAUGCUACAUUUGGCAGCCCUCCAGGGAUUUUCAAAGCUGUCUGAGCCUCUAGAGGCCUUACUAACAAUCCUGGAGAGUUGUCCGGGCAAACAGAAAGGUCGGAGCCACACCCUUGGCCAUCACAUACUCAUGGAAUUCCAGACAUGGAUUAAGGAACAUCCUCAGGUCAAUCUGAGUUCAGUGUCGGAACAGCAAGCAGUGGCACUCCAACAGCGUGCUCUCAACUUGCUAACAGAUACCCAGCCAAACUUUGUAGACAGUCUCAUAAACAUCUACCAACUCAGUUCACUGGAUCCAGCCAUACUCCGAUUGCACAUUACUUGGUUGCAUGCUCUCAGCUUCUACAAAGAGGCAGCAACGCUCGGUAUUAAGCUGAACUUACAGGAAGAGUUAAAUAUGGAGGAGAUGUGUGUACCACUAAUCGUGCAGGAUAAGAUGUCGGUGGCCGUGUCCUUUGUCUCAGGCUACAGUCAUCUAGAGGAACGAUUGGUUAAACUUCUAGACUCUUGGUGUCACCCGAGCUUCUGUGUGGAAGAGCUAAACAGUCAGUUCCCUCGCCUUAAUCUGACCAAACAACGGAUGGAACAGAUUCAACCGAAAAUGCUCACCAAACACGUCCUGCGACUCAUGGAGAAAUUCAAGAUUGAUAAAGGACUGUGUCCCAAUGCACUGCACAAGAGGAGACUAGACUCUCUGCGUUUCCUCAUGUACAAGAGGUUUGUGGAGAAAGGCAUGACAGAAGAGAACUGGAUUGACCAUGUACAAUAUGUAGUGGCAGAUGACCUUGAGCUGCAGAUCCACUUGGUGGAGAUGUUGGUGAAGUACUCUUGUCUUCGGAAAGCCUCCCAGUGGUCACUGAGAUACAGCAUCCCCAGAUAUCGACUUCCCUGUGGAGUAUGGGAAACCCAGCAGAGUCUACCACGUGCUCUACAACAGAUAUCUCUGAGUGAUACUGCAGAAACUGAGGAGUGGGAGCUAGCUCAGUCUCACUGUGAGAAGUUCUACCAAGUGCCACUUACCAAAGACAAGGUGCACUUUGUGGACACACCAGAAGCUCUCGAGAGAUGUCAAAGCAUUCUGCUCAAGAAAGGUGUUGUAGUCGGAGUUGACAUGGAGUGGCAGCCAACAUUUGGCUGUAUCUCAACUCAGCAAGUGGCCCUGAUACAACUUGCAGUUUCUGAUCAGGUUUUCCUAAUAGACCUCUGUGCUAGGAGAUUCUGUGAGCACCCAGAAACAAUUUGUUUCAUCAGGAGCUUGUUCUCCCAACAAAGUGUCCUUAAACUAGGAUAUGGUAUGGCCAGUGAUCUUAAGUGUCUGUUGGCCACCUGGCCCCAGUUACAAGAGGACCCACUGAAAAUGGAGGGGAUGCUUGAUCUUCUAAGUAUACAUAAAAAAAUUCAACAUAGUGCACUCAGCCGGACUCAAAAUGGCCCUAAAGAGGUACUGGUGGGAGAGGACUGUGCAGAAAAGGGCCUCAGUCUGUUGGUACAACAAGUCCUGGGAAGGCCCCUGGACAAGACAGAGCAGAUGUCCAACUGGGAGAAGCGGCCUCUACGCAUCAGCCAAAUUAGAUAUGCAGUGGCAGAUGCCUACUGUUUGCUGGAAGUGUACUCUGUCCUCUCCCGCAACCCAGCAUCUUUUGGGCUGCCUGAUGACCUGCGCAGCAUAUCUUCAAGCCAAUCAGAGAAGAGCAGAGACAAGAAGCUGAAGGAGAAAAAGGACAAGCAAACAAAACAGACCCUUGAGAAAGAGGAAUGUCAGGGGGCUCAAAGGGUCAGCCCCUCUUGUUCAGAUCCAGAGAAAGGCGUCUUGUAUGGUGAGAAGCCUUCAGAAGAUUCCCCACCGCUACCCCCUCAGCAGUUGCGGGUGGUGUGUGACAACAUGCUGCAGGGACUCGGAAGAUACCUGCGUUGUUUAGGAGUUGACGUGGUCAUAUUGGAGAACACUGAUGAUCACAGGGUUGCAGCUAAGUUAGCGCAGGCUGAAGGCCGUGUCAUUCUUACAUGUGGACAACCAUUCCAAACUUUGCGUUCCCAGGUGGCGGAGGGUCGCUGUCUCUCCCUAGCCUGCUCAGAAAAGGCCAGAGACCAGGCGGUUCGAGUUCUCAAACACUUUAACAUCCAGCCCACUCCCAGUGAUAUAUUCAGCCGCUGUCAGGCGUGUAACAGUGAUCAGUAUGUGGCAGUGCCACGAGACGAUAUGGUCGGGAUGCUUAAAAAGAAAGGACUCCUAUCAGACCAGGACAACACUGACCUAAUGCACCAGCAAGAGGAGAAGCACGAUGACAUUUUGACCCCAAAGCUCCCCAGGUAUGCUCUUCAGUGUCGCUGGGCCUCCCUUUCAGGGCUGGACCCUGACACCCUGACCUUUCCCGGGGGCGCGCCUAUUCAGCUUCACACCGUGCCCCCUACCCUCCUGCCAAGGAUCCCUCUCUUCUACGUCUGCACCAGAUGUGGCAAGGUGUUCUGGGAGGGCUCUCAUUUUGGCCGUGUCCUCUCAAUGUUUCAGGAGGUCUUGCACAUUUCAGACGAGGACAAUGAAUCUGCUGCAGAGCCCAUUACAGCUGCUCAGCAGAAUUGACUGUUGUAGAGUCAGUUUACAUGAAGACUUUGGCAUUCAGCUGUCUUAUCCCGUAGGAACCCAUGCCCCUCUGCACAUGGAGGACGGUUCCUGUUCAAGUUUCAACACUGACUCUUCCAUAGUUUUCCUGAAAGUAAAGUUGGGUCUGGGCUCUUAAAAUACAGUAACAUUUCCCCACAUGUAAUUAACUUUAAAUAAAUUAGUCAAAGUCAAAUGGGAAACAAUUCUUCUUUUUUUAAUCACCUGGAUCAACAGAUUGCCUCUCAGUGAGCAUUGAAUGAAGGCUUUAUUUUUGUUUUUAAGCCACCAAUUUUUUUCAGAUGGAAAUAUUUUGAA